AUGCCUCAGCUUCCGCGCGUCGAAAAAGCAUGGCUGGAGGCAGCAAAAAAUGGCGACGUCGACCAGAUGAAGACGCUGCGAAAAUGGUAUCCGCAGUGGCUUAAUCUCAGUCGGACCGUCGACGAAGACACGGCGACGAACGAUUCCGACGGUUUCCUGCCCUCGCGGUCGCCUGGCUUCUGCAGUUGGGACGGUUUCCACUUGCGCACCGUCGGAGCAUCGGCCCUACACACGGCGACCUGGCAUAGUGACAAUAAGAUUGUCCAGUAUCUUCUUGAAGAGGGUCAGGACCCCGAUACAGAAGACGAAAGCGGCAUGACAGCAAUUGUGUUGGCAAUCAUGCACCACAAUUUACAAGCGACGCGCUGUGUCUACCGCGAACGCGUUGCAAUCCAGCGAAACUUGGCCAUGGACUGUCAGCGAGGGAAGACUGCACUGCAUCAUGCCACAACGGACGAUGCGAAUGGACGUCUCCACUACACCAUUGCAUACAACCGCCAAGUCUAUUGGUAG